AUGGGGAUUGACGAGAUAUUUGGGGAUUCACGGCGGGAAAAUGUUCCCACAAAGAGCGCAAUCUACGUGUGGGGAUAUAACCAAUCGGGUCAAACGGGUCGGAGGGGCAAAGAGCACAACUUGAGGGUCCCGAGGCAGCUUCCGCCGGAGCUAUUUGGUUGUCCCGCCAGCGGAAAUUCCCGGUGGCUUGAUAUUGCUUGCGGCCGUGAGCACACUUCCGCCGUCGCCUCCGAUGGCUCGCUCUUCACCUGGGGGGCUAAUGAUUUUGGUCAGCUGGGAGAUGGGACUGAAAAGGCUAGGAAACACCCGAAGAAGGUGAAGCAGUUGCAAUCUGAAUUUGUGAUCUCUGUAUCUUGUGGGGCACAUUGUACUGCAGCAAUUGCAGAACCACGUGAAAAUGAUGGAACUAUAUCGACAAGGAGACUCUGGAUUUGGGGACAAAAUCAGGGUUCUGAUUAUCCACGCUUAUAUUGGGGAGCCUUCACUCCAAAUACGGUUAUUCGCCAAGUUUCUUGUGGGGCUGUUCAUGUGGUUGCUCUGUCAGAAGAUGGCUUGCUACAAGCAUGGGGCUAUAAUGAGUAUGGCCAGCUUGGCAGAGGUAUUACCAGUGAAGGCCUUCAGGGGGCUCGUGUUAUUAAUGGUUAUUCUAGGUUCCUUGAUGAAGCCCCCGAGCUUGUGAAGAUUACCCAAGUGUCAUGUGGAGAGUACCACACAGCAGCCAUAUCGGAGGAAGGCGAGGUCUAUACUUGGGGACUUGGAAGCAUGGGUCAACUUGGGCAUUGUUCACUUCAAUCUGGUGACAAGGAACUGUUGCCUAGGCGUGUAGUUUCCCUUGAUGGGACGUUUGUUAAGGUUAUUUCAUGUGGCGGGGUGCACACAUGUGCUGUGACUGAUAGAGGGGCCCUAUAUGCUUGGGGUGGAGGCCAGGCUGGGCAGUUGGGACUUGGGCCUCAAACUGGAUUUUUUUCGUGCACUCCAAAUGAAUCUGAAAUGAUACUUCGCAAUAUACCUGUUUUGGUGAUCCCAACUGGUGUGCAACUUGUUGCCUGUGGACAUUGUCACACACUCAUUUCUACCAAAGACGGAAGAAUUCAUGGGUGGGGUUACAAUAGUUAUGGUCAAGCUGCUAAUGAGAAAUCAACAUAUGCUUGGUAUCCUUCCCCAGUUGAUUGGUGUGUAGGAGAAGUUCGGAAAUUGGCUGCUGGAGGUGGCCACUCAGCAGUAUUAACAGAUGCAUGUUCCUUAAAAGAAUUGUGCGAGUUUAGGCUAGCAGACACUGUGACUCUGUCAAAUGCUUCAGUGAUUGAGGAUGUUGCAUCGAGAACUGGUUCAGAUGCUUUAGCACGCCUUUGUGGAAGAUUAAGGAAGCAUUUGCUUGAUGGUGGAGAUUGCAACUGUGAUGAUGAAUUUGGUGUCUGA